AUGACUUCUCGGGAUGCAUCAAAUCGUCUCCAAUUUCUUUGGAAUGCGUCACAUUCAUUGUUAUCAACUGUACCUAGCCUUUCGGCUUUUUACAUGCAACAAUUUAACCAAUUUGCCGGUGAAAAGGAAUUGAAUCUUGCCGAAGCUGUUAAACGAAAAUAUUGUAGCUAUUGUGGUAGUAUUUUCCUUCCAGGUUUAAAUAGCCAGAUUAGAAUUGAAAAAAAUAAAAGGAGAGAUAAAAAAAGGAAAUUAGUAGAUGAUAUUGUUAACAAUACUAAUGAUGGCAAUAAAAAAGUGAGCUCGGUUCAGGAUUCAGUCGAACAACUAGAAGAAUUGAAUGAAUCCAAACAAAUUCUGCAUGAAAAGAGUCCUCGAGGAAAAAGACAAAUAAUUUACAUUCAUCCAAGAUCAACCACUUCUGUUUCAUUAUCAAAUAAUCAAAAACAAACUCAUGCUAGACGUCAACAAUACAAGAAUCAUGUCUCUUAUAUUUGUAAUUCUUGUAAUCGCGAAACAAGGUUUGCUGGUUGUACUAAGAGAGUUAUUAAUCAGAUUUCAAGUCUUAGCAAUGCUAAAGAACUGAAAGAGGAAAAUACUUUUAAUGUCACCACGCCGAUUAUUCCCCAAGUUUCCAACUUUUCUAAUACAUCACCAUCAACUAAUUCAUUUAAACCGAUUCAAGACAAACUUUCAACAUAUAAGACGAAAAAUACAAAGAAGAAGCAAAAGAAAAUGCAACUUCAACAGUUACUGGCCAAGGAGAAAAGAAAAGACUCUGGAAAAGAUGAUUUUAACGAUUCUUCGGAUGGAUUGAGCUUGGCAAAUUUUUUGUCCGCAUUAUAA